GAAGCCACUUUAAAGCAGAGCUCGGGGUGACAGGCGAGCGAGCUGGAUCGGAGUGCGGUCGCGGCUUUCUGCGCUCCAGGCGGCGGAAUGGCCCGUUCGCUGCUUGUCGUAUCUCCGGCCUGCGACCCUUAGACGCCCAAGCCCGCUCUCCGCGCCAGUCCUCCGGCGCGGACGCUGCCAGCGAGCCGGCGGUGCGGCGACCCGGCUCCUGCGGUCGGUUCUCUCAGGCUGCGCGAUCAGAUCGAGGUGCCGGGCACGGCAGCUGAGGGGAGCCUUCCGGCAGACCCGCGCGCGUUCCGGCUGCAGCCCAGAAGUUUGCAAGCUGUUUUCAGAUCAACUUUGAAGGCGCAGAAGUCUUCGCUUUCCUUGCCUCCAUCCCGAGAGGCGCCGACCGCGUUUCCCCCUGCGCUUCUCGGCUCAUUUCUGCGAGCCUCCGAGACUCGCAGGACGAUCCACUCAGGAAGGUCGGUUGAGGAGGAUUUUUAGACUCUGAGGAGCAAUUGGAGCUAAUCCACACCAUGGAAAUGGAAACCACCGAACCUGAGCCAGACUGUGUAGUCCAGCCUCCCUCGCCUUCUGAUGAUUUUUCAUGCCAAAUGAGACUCUCUGAGAAGAUCACUCCAUUGAAGACUUGUUUUAAGAAAAAAGAGCAGAAGAGAUUGGGAACUGGAACCUUGAGGUCUUUGAGGCCAAUUUUAAAUACUUUGCUAGAAUCUGGCUCACUUGAUGGUGUUUUCAGAUCUAGAAACCAGAGUGCAGAUGAGAGCAGCUUACAUGAACCUAUAGUGAAAAAACCCCUGGAAAUCAGUCCGUCGUGUCCACCAGCAGAAAACAGUAUGUCUGUCCUGAUUCCUGAUGGGACAAGUGUUGGGGGCCAAAUACCAGAAGCCCAUCCUUCCACUGAUGCUCCAGAACAGGUGGUUCCAAUCCAGGAUCACAGCUUUCCACCCGAAACUCUCAGUGGGACGGUGGCAGAUUCUACAGCAGGGCACUUCCAGACUGACCUUUUGCAUCCAGUUUCAAGUGAUGUUCCUGCUAGUCCUGACUGCAUAGACAAAGUCAUGGAUUACAUUCCAGGGGUUUUCCAAGACAACAGUUUUACAAUCCAGUACAUUUUGGACACCAGUGAUAAAUUGAGUACUGAGCUCUUUCAGGACAAAAGUGAAGAGGCUUCCCUUGACCUUGUGUUUGAGCUGGUGAACCAGCUACAGUACCAUACUCACCAGGAGAAUGGAAUUGAAAUUUGCAUGGAUUUUUUGCAAGGUACUUGUAUUUAUGGCAGGGAUUGUUUGAAGCACCACACGGUCUUGCCAUAUCAUUGGCAGAUCAAGAGGACAACUGCUCAGAAGUGGCAGAGUGUAUCCACUGAUUCCCAGGAGCACUUGGAAAGAUUUUACUGUAACCCAGAGAAUGAUAGAAUGAGAAUGAAGUAUGGAGGACAAGAAUUUUGGGCAGAUUUGAAUGCCAUGAAUGUGUAUGAAACAACUGAAUUUGACCAACUGCGAAGGCUGUCCGCACCACCCUCUAGCAAUGUAAACUCUAUUUAUCACACAGUCUGGAAGUUCUUCUGUAGGGACCACUUUGGAUGGAGAGAGUAUCCUGAGUCUGUUAUUCGACUGAUUGAAGAAGCCAACUCUCGAGGUCUGAAAGAGGUCCGAUUCAUGAUGUGGAACAACCACUACAUCCUUCACAACUCAUUCUUCAGGAGAGAAGUAAAAAGGAGACCCCUCUUCCGUUCCUGUUUUACACUGCUUCCGUAUUUACAGACACUUGGUGGUGUUCCCACACAGGCUCCUCCACCUCUUGAAGCGACCUCGUCGUCACAAAUCAUCUGCCCCGAUGGGGUCACCGCAGCAAACUUUUACCCUGAAACUUGGGUUUAUAUGCAUCCAUCUCAGGACUUCAUCCAAGUGCCUGUCUCUGUAGAGGACAAAAGUUAUCGAAUCAUUUAUAAUCUUUUUCAUAAGACUGUGCCUGAGUUUAAAUAUAGAAUUUUGCAAAUAUUGAGAGUCCAAAACCAGUUUCUUUGGGAGAAAUAUAAAAGGAAAAAGGAAUAUAUGAACAGGAAAAUGUUUGGCCGUGACAGGAUAAUAAAUGAGAGACAUUUAUUUCAUGGAACAUCCCAGGAUGUGGUAGAUGGAAUCUGCAAGCACAACUUUGACCCUCGAGUCUGUGGAAAGCAUGCUACAAUGUUUGGACAAGGCAGUUAUUUUGCAAAGAAGGCAAGCUACUCUCAUAACUUUUCUAAGAAGUCCUCCAAAGGAGUCCAUUUCAUGUUUCUGGCCAAAGUGCUAACUGGCAGAUACACGAUGGGCAGUCAUGGCAUGAGAAGGCCCCCUCCUGUCAAUCCGGGCAGUGUCACCAGCGACCUGUAUGACUCUUGUGUGGAUAAUUUCUUUGAGCCUCAGAUUUUUGUCAUUUUUAAUGAUGAUCAGAGUUACCCUUAUUUUGUUAUCCAAUAUGAAGAAGUCAGUAACACUGUUUCCAUUUGAAAAAUCUUGGUACUGCUAAAUUAUUUGAUAUGAACUCAAUCCAGCAUUUGUAGCAAGUUUUGGAUGGGCGGGACAGAGUGGAAACAGCAUUGGACAUUAAUAGGGCACUUUUAAGACCCAUUUUUUAAGUGCUAGAAAGUGGAAUUUUUUUUUAAAGAAAACACAAGUUUUAAAAUGACCACUUAUUCUUUAAUUAUUUACUAAUUGUUGUUAGUGUACUCAGUGUGGAAAAGACUACCGAUUGCAUACUCUUCUUUUCACACUUGUACAUAUAGGCAGCAAUGGUAUUAGAAGCAUUUUUAAAAAGAAACUGAACAGCCUAACUAAUUAAAUGUGACUUAAGCCUGGUAGAAGUUUGGCCAAAUGAAAUGGAGGCUGUGAGCAGAGUGAGGAUAAAACUGACUGGAGCUAGUACUACCAUACUUACUCCCUGUCCAAAGCGUCACUUACAGUGUAGGAUAAGUUCAUGAAAUUCUGGUGGGUGGAAAGAAAUUUUUAUUUCUGUCAGCAGAACUGAAAUGUAUCACCCAGUCAGAGAGCAUCAAUGACUUUAACUGUUCUGCAGAGUUUGCCUGAAGAUUCAGAGGAAGUAAAAAAAAAAAAAAGAACCAUUUGAAAAAUUUUUGUCACCAGCAAAAUUUUUCACUAACUGGUUUUAUGAAACAUGACUCUUGUGUUGUUAAACUUCAGCCUUAGAAAACUCAGUCUCUUCCAUUAUCAUCUACCCCAAUCUGAAGGAGUUGGGCAGCUAAUGUGGUUAAAUCCAGUGUUGAGGAUUAGUAGUAUUACUUUAUUUUAGAGUUCCAGACGUAGGCCCUGACUGAAGGUUUUAGAGAAAGGAAGUACAUCUGUAACUGAAUUGGUAGGGUUUAUCACUGUGCUUUGCACAAAGUACACUCUCAAAAGUAUUUGUUGGCUUGGAGAUAUUGUUAAAGGUGGUUAUCCCACCCCUAUGCCUGCUCUGCCAGAUGCAGCUGGGUUCCCUGGCUGACUCUCUAUUGUACACUACUUAAUGGAAACACAAACUUGGAAAUUGUGCCACUGGCCCAGCUGGAGCAAUGUUCGGUGUAUGUGCUAAUGCCUCAGUUCGGAGAGGUAGCAGCUAGGUAUACUUUGCCUUAAGCAAAGCAAAUACCUGGAUUUACAGAAGUGGAAGUGGUUGUUCGCAAAAGAAUUCACUGUGGAAUUCUUUCAGAUACCAAGCUCUCCUAGUAUGUUUGUGGUUAUUUCAUUUACACAAAACUUUUCAGGAACUGUGUUGUUUAAAGCAAGAUAUAUCUAUCCUGAUGUCUCAGUGAAUCAGUCUGUUCAAGCACUUAUCAGGGCUUCCACACAAUUAUUUAUUUUGCCCUAGUUGAUCUUGUUGUUUGCUGCCAUUGGCAUGAAACAGCCAACCGUGGCUGUUAACGGUUGUUCUUUCAUUCGAUUAUAACUUGUAAACCAGUGAUUCCCAAUCUUUUUCAAGUUAAGACACCUUACCAUUGCUUAUUUGAUU